AUGACUGAAUUGAUACUUUUUGUGGUGUCCUGUCUCUUUAUGGCUGUCUUUAUUUCAAUGAACACUGCAGAAGAGUCAAUCUACGCAGGUCUCUUUUAUGGAUUGGCGGGGUAUCGAGUUAGAAACUCGUUGACUUCAUUCACAUCGUCUGAUAGUUAUUUAUUUGAGUGCUGUAUGAGAUGUUUGCAGCAUCAAAACUGUUAUAGCGUCAACAUUCACGGAGAUGACAGAUUAUGUGAAAUAAACACCCUGGGUCCAAGCGGGUACGGGGAUUUGGUAGAUGCAAACGGAACUUGGACAUUAUUCAUCAGAACCAACGUUCCCCAUAACGAGCUAAUGUUCCGGGCAACCCCGGGAGUUGGACUGAGUGUCAAGGACACCUGGCUAGGGAAUAUCCUUCCCUCGACCGCUCAAGACACGUGCGUUUCGAUGAAGAACACGUCAUGCUCUACGCAUUACCGGAAUCCACGGAUGGACAUCUGGGAAAGUCUUUCCAUUUCUCAAGUUACUCUUGAAUUGUACCAGCAUGGAUCUAAGGUGGCAUUUAUAGCGUUUGAUGGGAAAGAUUCGACCAUUGAAAACUGGUUCAAUUCUUCCCGUAUUUUGAACAGCAGCUGGAGCAAUGUGACCCCUUCUACCAUCUACAACUAUUUCUCCAUGAAGGGGCAUUCUGAAUGCUCUCGAUCAUUCUUUGUCAACACACACUACCGCAUUUGCGCAGUUGACACAGGGUAUAUGGUGGUUGUAGAACCCCCAACAGGGUGUUGUCCCUGGGAAAACGUCCCCAACAAACCCCAAUUUUUCUAUUCAGCGGUGGAUGGUACUGUAACCUAUCAAAGCGGAUCGACAGAUCUUGGUACAGCAGAAGUCAUGGCAGUUUUUGUAAACAUCAGUUAAGUGUGUAACAACACUAUUUUAAUUAAUAGAAAAUUCAGACCACAAGGGUUAUUGUUGGUUUAUAUUUUGUGUGUGUUUUUUUUCCCAUUUUUUUAAUGACUUUGAUUCAUUCUGUUGAGCAUUAAAUUCACACAACAAACUAACAAAAACUAACAAA